UAUCUCAGCAACAAAGCACCAUGGGGAUGAACCAACUUAGGGUAUUUCACUACUCACUGAGGUCUACAAGAUACAAGUAGUCCGAGUUCAAAAGCGAUUUAUAACCUCAAGAGGUUCCCUCGUAAGACAUAAGUAACUUGUCCAAGCUUAUUACAUGACUUUGCUAGCACUGAGACUCGAACACAGUAUGUUUGAGGUACAUGACGAACAAUAUAACUACCAAGUCAUGCUGCCUAUAUAUUUAUUUUAUUUUAGUAAUUUUCCACUAUCUUCAACUAAUAUUUCUUUUUUUAAAAAGGUGAACGAUUAUUAAAAAUUGUUGAACAAGAAGCAGCUUACAAUAAAAAUUCAAUUGAUGGUACAAGUGUAUUAAGAAUUGCUCGUCUAUUAUGGGCUGGCACCUUAUCUGUAAAAGCAUUAAUUUUAUUUAAAUUAUUUGAUUAUGAUAAUAAUAAUCGAGUAUCUUUAAGUGAAAUGAAAACAUUUUAUCAACAAUAUUUAAAAGAAUUUAAAUUUCCACAUAAUGAAAAUCGUACAAAUGAAAUAAUUGAUAUAUUUCUAACGGGUUUUCAUUUUGACGAUGAUGAUGAUCAACAAAUUAAUUUUGAUCAGUUUUAUACUGUAUUACAAUCAAAUGAUGAAUUAUUACAUACACUCUAUUUGAUAAGUAUACCAGAUCAACAUCUAUUAAUCUCAAAUUUACAAAAUAAAAUAAGUCAUCAUUGUUGUACACGAGAAUAUAUAAAAAAUAAUUUAAAUCGAAUUAUUUGUUUAUUCAUUUAUAUCUUAGUUAAUUUAUCUUUAAUAAUCUAUGUAGUUGUAUAUCGUUUAAUGAUGGCAAAACUUAAUGGAUGGGAAAUAACAGCACGAAUUGGUGGUGAAUUAAUUAAUUUUAAUUUUUCAUUUUCAUUUCUUCUUAUGUUAAAACAAACAAUUACAUUAAUUCGUAGUAAUUCAUUUUUAAGACAUUAUGUACCAGUCGAUAAUCAUAUUGAUUUACAUAAAAUUGUUGGUACAGUUAUUGCUGUUUCAUCAAUUGUUCAUUCACUUGCACUCAUGAUUAAUUAUACAGUUAAACCAUCAGAGUAUACUUGGAUACAACAAAUGUUUACAACUAUACCUCAAUAUGGUUGGAUCAAUGGUACUGCACCUAUUACAGGUAUCGUUUUAUUUAUUCUUCUAUUUAUUAUGGUAUUGUGUGCAAUGCAAUUUGUUCGACAAAAAACAGGCUAUUAUCAAUUAUUUUACUAUACUCAUUUAUUAUAUGUACCAUUAUUUAUAUUGUUAAUUAUUCAUUCCCGAGAUUUUUGGAAAUGGUUUAUUGGACCAAUAGUUCUUUUCUCAGUAGAAAAAUUAUAUUCCUUUAAACGAUGUUUUGGUAAAUAUGGUCUAACAUAUUUGUUAUCAGUAACAAUUGAAGAUGAAAAUGUUUUAUCAUUAAUCAUUUAUCGACCACAUAAUUUUUCUUUCAAUAUUGGUGAUUAUAUUUUCAUAAACUUUCCACUUAUUGCCUCAUAUGAAUGGCAUCCAUUUACUAUAUCAAGUGGACCAGAAGAAAAAAAUUUUCUUCGCCUACAUAUACAAAAGCAAAAAAAUUGGACAAAAAAAUUACAUGAUUAUUUUACAAAUUAUAGUAAACAACGUGAUUCCUAUGAGAAAUUAGUUGAUACGGUUCUUCUUCCAGUCAUGCCUGAAUAUACUCGCAUACAAUCUCCGAAAAUAAUCGAAUUUAAUGAUCAAUCUGGAAAUAAACAGAUAAAUUUGAGAAUUGAUGGUCCCUAUAGUUCAUGUACAAGAUACAUAUUUGACUGUGAACAUUGUGUAUUAAUUGGUGGUGGAAUAGGUAUAACACCAUAUGUAAGUGUUCUAGAAAGUCUAAUGUAUCAAUUUCGUUCUCAACGUAUGAUAUGUUCAAAUUGUUCACAUAUGAAUUAUACAAAUGAAUUUUGUUGUCGACGAACAUUAAAAAAAGUUGAUUUUAUUUGGAUUAAUCGAGAUGUUAAAAAUUUUGGUUGGUUUAUUAAAUUAUUAUCAGAUUUUGAAGUUGAACAAGAAACAUAUUUGAAUGCUAAUCCUGAACAUGAACGUUAUUUAGAUAUUCAUUUGUAUUUUACAUCAUUGGCAUCAAAUGAAACGAAUAGAAUGGGUAAUGUUGCAUAUGAUCUUGUAGCCAAUGUUUAUUCACAAAUAUCUCACAAAGAUAUGUAUACAAAUUUAAAAACUAAAACACGAAUUGGUCGACCAAAUUGGAAAUUAUUAUUUUCAAAAUUAAAAGUUGAACAAAAAAAUCGAACAACAAGUGUUUUUUUCUGUGGAAAUAAAACGAUGGGACAAACAAUUAAUCAACAAUGUCAAGAACAAAAUUUUUUAUUUCAUUCAGAACCAUUUGAUAAAUAG